AUGGACUUUGAGAAAGCUUUUGAUAAUAUUAACUGGGGCUGUGUUGACAUUGCUUUAGAGAAAUUUGGUUUUGGGCAUAUUUGGAGGAGUUGGAUAAAAUUGUGCAUUUCAUAUGCAAGAUUUCAAAUUCUUCUAAAUGGUGAGGCUACUUCUCUAUUUAAAACACAAAAAGGAAUGAGGCAGGGUGAUCCUAUUUCUCCCUUUCUUUUUAUUAUAGUUGCUGAAAUUCUCUCUUUAAUGAUUAAGAGAGCUGCUUCUUCUGGCUUAAUAUCUGGUUUCAAGGUCUCUCCAAAUGGAACUGCAGUACAACAUCUCCAAUUUGCAGAUGGUCUCAUUGUCUUUUUAGAUGAUACACCUGAUCAAGUUUCUAAUCUGAAAAACAUUAUUUUCUCUUUUGAGUUGAUUUCUGGUCUUAAAGUAAACUUCAGAAAGAGUACAAUUGUUGGUAUUGGGACUGAUCAUAAUGGUGCAGAUUGUGCUAGGAUUUUUGGGUGCAGCUUAUCUCAAUGGCCUCUGAAUUAUUUGGGCAUUCCUCUGGGAUGCAAUUCCAAAUGUAAAGCAAUGUGGGAGAUCAUAGUUCAGAAAUUCCAUCAAAAACUCUCAACUUGGAAGGGUAGAUAUUUCUCAAAAGAUCAAAGACUAAUAAUGACAAAAGCAGUAAUUUCUAAGAAGAGGGGUGGUAUUGGUGUUAAAAAGCUGAAGCAUGUCAAUAAAGCUCUUCAUUCUAUUAAGAGUAGCUUAUGGGAUGGCAUUUUAAAAGCUAAAGAUCAUGUAUUACAGAAUACUUCACUGAAUGUGGCUUCAGGAGACAGAAUUAUGUUUUGGAAAGAAAAGUGGAAGGGUGAUUAUCUACUAAAAGUUACUUAUAACUCUCUUUAUAAGCUCUCUAGAAAGAAACUUUCAACUAUUAAAGAUUGCAUUUCUGAUGAAGUAGCUUGGAAUUUGGACUUUACAAGGAAUUUAAAUGCUUCUGAAUUAGGAGAGGUUGUUCUUAUGUUGCAGGAGUUGGGGGAUCCUGCUCAGUUUAGUGUCAUUUCUAGGGGUGAAGACCAGAGAAAAUGGAUUGCUGGAGGAGGAGAUUUCACUGAGUGGCCUACUAAGAGAGGGAAAUCUAUGCACAAGAAACUAUGGGGUUUAUUAGCCUUUGCUAUCUGGUGGAAUAUUUGGACUGAGCGCAACAACAGGCUUUAUGGGAAUAAAAGAAGAGGGGUUAACCAGUUGAUCAUUGAUGUUAAAUGCACUCUUUUUAACUGGUGCAGAAGUACUAAGAUUUUUGAAAAAAUUUCUUUAAGUACAAUUAUCUGUAAUGGGGAUGCUAUUCUGACAUGA